AUGGUGGACCUAUCACGAUUGCAAGCCUUGAGGGAUGGUGGAAGGGUUGUCGCAGCCCGAUUGAUUCAAAGACUCGAAGCUAUAUUUGCAGAUGGAGACAUGGGACAAACUCGAAAGAUUCACGAACUUGAGAGCAAGUUGGUUGCCCUAAAAGCCCGUUAUGAUAUGCUGGAAGAUAUGGAUCAACAGAUUCAGAAUGCCUUUAGCGAAGAAGAUGUGCAACAAGAAAAGGAAGCAACAGAUGCAGAAAAUGCCACAAUUCAAGACGUUGGAUAUCUUUGUCGUUAUAGAAUCAAUACAUUGCGCCGCGCAAAUCCAGAAAUUGAUCAUCACCCUCCAGCACUAAGUGUUCCUUCUAAAGCGACGAGCCGCCCAAAAAUCGCCUUGUCGUGCUUUAAUGGCGAUAUUCUUCAGUGGCAGCAGUUCUGGCAAGCGUUUGUUGCGGAGAUUGAAAGCGACGAUUCACUAGCAGGCAUCAACAAGUUUACCUUUCUGUUGGGCCAACUAGACCCAAACGUUUUAUCUUCAGUAGCAGGUUUGACUCCAUACAAAGAAAAUUAUGCAGUCCUAGUGGACCUUCUUAAAGAGCGAUAUAGAAGAAAAUCAAAGGUGGUCGCAGCUUAUAUGAGAGCCUUAUAUAACCUGCAGAAACCGGAAGCUAAUCUAAAAGGACUUCGUAGCUUCUACGACCAGAUCGAGUCGUAUGUCCGUUGCCUAGAGUCUCUGGAAAAACCCCCGGAUACCUACGGCGACCUGUUGGUGUGCAUUCUUCUAGAUAAGCUCCAGCCGAUGUACGGAAGAACGUAG